AUGCGAGCCGUUUCUAAUCAAAAAGCAGAAGCUUUGACCGAUGCUUUUCGUUCAACAAAUGUUUUUCAUCAUAUCAUGCAGUUAAUGCAUAGUGACCUGACUAGUGGAACUUUUAAACAAUUACUAUCAACAGUUGAUACAUCAACAUUAGCAACAACACCAUAUUCAGAACGUACAUUAGAUCAAAAUCAUCCAUUUGGUUUUCAAAAGACUUCCACUGAACUUGAUUCAUUUCAUUAA